AUGUCCGAUCCAAUACGUCGGCACGUCAGUGCCAUGAACUCUGCACUCGAGCCCCAUCGCGGUGUUGGCCGCCACCCUCAGGCCGCCAACACCGACGAUGGACAGUUGGCUCGUCGUGCAUGCACCGCUGCAAUCAUGCAACUCACUGGGGGUCGGGGAUCGACUCUCCUUACCACCAACCAUAUCGCCGGUGCGAUGACGCACCCGCAGUUUGCCAUCAUUCUCCAAGAAAUCUGGAAGCUGCGAUAUUGCAAACACGCGAUAGAACGCAUUCCACGCACACUGGACACUAUCACCGAGGAAGAUAUGGAGGACCUAGAGAUUCGCAGGUCUUACGAAGGUCAUUUGGAAGACCUUGCUCGUGCUUAUGUUGAGCUCCCCGGUCUUGAAUAUGCGAUUACCAACCGCAUUGUCAUGUUGAGCUCACGUGCCCGCCGCGAAUUCAUGCGCCUGCAUGGUGAAGAUGUGAAUGAGGCUCUCGGUUUCUAUUAG